CAGAAAUUCUCUCUCUGAUUUUUUUUUCCGAAAUCGCAAAAAAUUUAUGAUGAAAGUGAAAACAAAGCAAUUGGUGUCUAAUCCAAAUAUUUGUGAACUCAAAAUCAAAAUUCCGACGAAAAUGCAUCAGUCAAAAGGCAUAGAAGAAGAUAUUGACAAUUCUAUUUCUGGUAGAAAGAUGAUGAAAAAAUCAUCUCAAUUAAGUCAAGCUUGGAGUUUGGGUUCUUUAAUGACAGAUUUUCCUCCAUCUCCCGACUCAUUUCAUAGUAGUGUAUCGCCAUCACUUCACUGUGAUUCUUGUCGUCCUUCUACUGUCUUUUACUCACCAAGAUUUCAGGACAUACGGUGUUCAAAGCAAGAUACAAAGUUGAUGAACAAUUCAAAGUCAUGUAAAGCAGCAACAAAUAUUGAUAGUAGUAUUAGAGGAGUUGUUGGAGUUAAAAACAAAGGAUUGAGAAGUGAUGUGAAUGAGGAGUUAAAAACAUCCAAUGUUGUUAGUACUAAAACAAUACGUGAAGAAGAGGAUUCUGAGUAUAAGCAGGGAAAUCAACAAUUUGGUGAGGCUAUACCUUUACCAAUACCUUUGUCUGAAGACGGGACUCGCUGUCGCAAGACAUUCCAGGAAUUGUUGGAGGAAAAUGAAAGAAGUGAAGCUGAUACAAUGAGAAAGGCUGCAUAUAUGCACAUGCUCAGAAAGUUGACAAGCAAGGAAGAAGCAAUUGAUGAGUGGGAGUCCAAGCGUAGGACCAAAGCAACUCAGCAGCUACAAAAGCUCGAGAGGAAGCUAGAGCAGAAACAAGCUGAAGCAGUGCAGAAGAUGCACAAGAAGCUUGCUGAGACAAAACUUGAAGCACAGAGGAGAAAGGCCAAUGCAAGGCAAUCUGCUAUGAAACUAAUUGCAAAGCACAACUUGUCAAGGACUUAGUUUAAAGAAUAACUUCUGUCAAGUAUUAGCUCAAUACAUAGACUCUGUCAGGAGAUGUUUUCAGUUUAACAUUGGAAGUAAUGUUAGGUUUGUCUAUAUACAAAACUCAUAAUUCCUGCCUGAAAUAGCAAUUGAAGAAUGUACUUGUCAUACGCAUCUGUUAUGCUACUAAAUCCAAAUAUGUAUAUUCACACUGU